AUGAUAUGCCCGUACCCGCGUGGCGAAGAUGCUUCGACUAAGUGCUCCAAGCUCUGCCCCGCCAUAGCUCUUUCGGGAAAAGUUACUUGCGAGGUUGCCGAGGGAUCAAGGACAGACAAUGCUAUUAAAAACCACUGGAACAGUUCAGUCAAAAAGAAAUUGGAUUCUUACAUGGCAUCGGGCUUACUUACUCAGCUGCAAUCUGUUCCUCAUGAUGGAAACCCAAGUCAAUCAAUUGUUGCAACAUCUUCAAGGCUGCAAUGUAAUGCAGAUGAUAAUGUUCUUCAGGGGACUGAAGGAGAUGAAGGUUUAGAGUGUAGCCACGAGUCGGCUAAUGCUCUCCACUUUCCAUCCACUAGAGAGAUGACCAGUGUUGACUUGCAAACUGUUGGGGGAGAAUGUAGUCUUGGGACGGAUCAUAGUCCAAGUCAAGCAUCCUGUUCAGAGCCAUAUUACAUAUCAAUUGAUGAUGCUACUACAUGCAUCCCAGAAAUGACUCAUCACGAAGCAUGUUCUUCUGAACUCAAUGAACAAUUCUCACAUGAACCUGGAAAUCCCAUAAAUGAGGAUUGCCAGUUUAAUUUACAUUCCUUGCCCAAUAUUUCAUCAAUAGACUUAGGGAAGGACUCCUCCCAGUUGCAAAGAGAUUAUAUGGAAUCUACAGAUCCUAGUGGAAUACGUGACUCGGCGAAUGUUUCAAUGCCCAUGGAAACUACAUCUACGGAUGCUGCCAAACCAGAUCAUAUGCUGAUAUCUGAUGAUGAAUGUUGCAGAGCCCUAUUUCCAGAGGCAAAUAAUGAUAGAUGUUUUAUCCCUGGAGAUUAUAUUAAAGAUGUUGAUACUGUUGAAUUUUCUGGUCACCCCCCAUUUGUUUGUCAAUCAUGUCAUUUUCAGAUUUCCGAAAAUUGUGGAACCUCAAAUCUGCCAUUAACUUGUCCUCAGUGUUCUAAUAAUUUUAAAGGGAUGGCAUACUCCCAAUCUACUCGACCAGUACAUUCCGCUGAGCCUGAGGAUCAGAAGUUUGUUUUGACAGCACCUGAUAACUUCACUUAUGCCAUUGACAUGCCCAGUUCUCAUUGUAUUGAUGCUACAGAUAGUGCAGUAAUGCGAGAUGUUAAGCAAACUUGUUUUCCAACAGAUGAAAGGCCAAACAUGCACACAGAAAAGGAGGGCAAGGGAGCACUAUGCUAUGAACCUCCCCGUUUUCCGAGCAUGGAUAUUCCUUUCUUGAGCUGUGAUCUUGUGCAAUCUGGGGGUGAUAUGCAGCAAGAAUUUAGUCCUCUGGGUAUCCGCCAGUUUAUGAUGUCGUCUAUGAACUGUCUGACUCCUUCAAGGUUGUGGGACUCGCCUUCUCGUGAUGAUAGUCCAGAAGCAUUAUUGAAAAAUGCAGCUAAAACUUUUACGGGUACACCGUCAAUAUUAAAAAAACGACGCCGAGAUUUGUUAUCCCCACUUUCAGAUAAACGAAUUGGCAAGAAACUUGAGACUGACAUGACAUCAUCUCUGUCCAAAGCCUUUUCUAGUUUGGAAGCAGAUAUACUCUCUCCAUCUUCAUUGCAAAAGCAAAACUCCGAGGCUCCUGUUUUUGACGACGAUAAAGAAAAUUGUGGACAAGCUGAUAAAGGUAAACAAGUAGAGGAGAUAAUUAAAUCUGCAGUUUUGGAAGAAAAGAUGUCCCAAAGAGAUGCUCUUGACAGUAAUUCUCCUAGUAAGGUUAAGCAGCAACCUCUUGAUGUUGAUUCUAAAAUGAAGAUUGAUGUUACUACUGCUGUUGAGAUUGUGCAACAAUCUUCUGGAGUUUUGUCUGAACAUGAUAGGAACGACCUUUCAUUAUAUUCAUCUGAUGAAGUUGGUGUUAGAGACAGAGUUCUAGGUUCUAGUGUUAUAUCUCCCAGAAACAUGAACAAUAGGAGCUCAGAAAUAGCUCCAAACCAGAGCAUUCCUUCAAAAAUACCUUCUGAGAAUCAACGCUCAAGGUUUAGCUCUCCUUGUGUUCGUGCAAAGGAACAUGAAAAUCUUACAGUUUCUAUUGCUCGUGCAAAAGCUCCAGAGGAGAAUUCGGGGGAUCAAAGUAAAAACGAUGGAGAAUUUGGAACGUGUAACAUAUUUGGCGGAACACCUUUCAGGAAAGGUUUUGAAUCACCUUCUGCAUGGAAAUCUCCUUGGCUCAGGAAUACUUUUCUCUGUAGCCCAAAUGCUGAAAUUACAAUUGAGGAUUUUGGAUUUUUCAAAAGCCCGGGAGGUGAUAGAAGCUACGACGCUAUCGGGUUGUUAAAAGAAGUUGGUGAACAAACUGCUGCUACAUAUGAAAAUGCACAGGAGAUUUUGAAUAAUGAUACUCCUAAAGCAUUACCUAGAGGCGGCGGCACACCAGGAGAUGAUAAGAAUAGCGAUGACGAAAAUGAUGAUUCUAACAAUGCAAACAAUUCUAAAUUGACUUCUAAUGCUUUGGUUGAGCGCCGCGUACUCGACUUUAGUGAAUGUGGAUCACCUGAUAAGAGUGAUAGCAGCAAAUCCUCAGCAAAUCCUCAGCCAUGA